AUAUCAUUCGCGCUAGUCAAUCGCAAGAAGACUCUCCCUCCAGAGUUUCGCCUGGAGAUAUAUUCGCCGUCAGUUGCGUAUCGAUAAGUCGCGCCGACGAUGGGAUCUCUUCUGCGAUCUUCAUUUCUUGCAUCCCGCUCCGAUAGUUUUGUCAAGACGAUCAGGACCGAUCUCACGUCGAAUCAAUCAAUCGCCAAUUAUCUCGCUUACCUAAUUAACUGCCUCGCGACUCGAGACCGAAUUCUUGCUGGAGGCGCGACAGGAUGGGGCGUCACGUGUAGCGCGAAAGUUCAUCGGCCCUUGCUCCUUGGUCUGUCGGCCCGGAUCCGGACUCCGCGAUCGAUCGGUUAUAAUGUGCAGAUAAUGAUAUCUCCACUUCCGUCAUACGACGACGACUUCCUGAACAGCGCCUACGCAAACAUUAGCCUGCUCGCCGACGAGGCCUGGUCCUACGACCGCGAGGAUCCCUUUCGCAAGCUGAAUCGCUCCCUCUGGAUCAAGGUGAGAUAUUGUGCCUUCAAGCAUCUCUUCGAGUUCACUGGAGGCGGAUGAAGCCAGUAAGAGCCGACGUAAAAUGCAAAUUGUCAAACUCUUUCGAUUUCUGAACGAAAU